CUUCCUGGCAAUUGGAGCGUCGAGGAGGGUCGGUAUUUUCCCGCGCCAAAAGUGGAGCUGGAGCCCCGCUGAAAAGGGGGAGAGCGAGGCUGGCAGAGAACUACGGCGAGGGAGGCCGGGUGAAGAGGGUGAAGGAAAAGGAAGCAGGCUUGGCUCAAACAUACAGACAGAGCGUUAAGAUCAGGGGAACAUGGAUGCCGGUGAGGGGAACUCAGUCACUGGCUCGGAGGUGAAUUUGAUCACCAGCUCAGUGAAGAAGAGGAAGUAUUAUUGCUAUUUUAAGGACGAAUGGUGCAAGGAAGACGCCUUCAAAAACUGGCUACGGAAGAUCGAUGGGAUGACGGCAGAAUGCAUCCUGUGCCAUCAGGGAUUCUCCAUCAAGUACGAGGGGAGAAGAGCAGUCACCAGCCACGCGGACAGCUCCAAGCACAGGGAAUCAGAGAAGCAGCAGAAAGACCUGCCGCAAAUCCCGGUGCUGUUACCCGAAACGGACGAGUACCAGGAAGACAUGGUGACAGCAGCAGAACUGGGGCAGGUCUAUCACAACAUUGUGCACCAGCUGAGCUACGCAAGCCAAGCUUGCGCGUACAAGACGCUCUCGAGGAUUUUACCGGAUUCCGCUGUGGCCAAAAAAAUGUCUUGCGGACUGGCGAAAGCCACCACCAUCGCGGAGACUGUUUUGGCCCCCAAAUCUCAAGAGCUUUUGUUGAAGGACUUGGAGGAAGUGCCGUUUUUUUCGGUUGGGUCUGACGCCUACAACAAGGGGAGCAGGCAGUAUUUUCCCGUUACCAUUCGUUACUUUUCAGCGACAGAAGGAAUUAAGCAUGGCCUGCUUGAUUUCUACAGCGAAUUGUCAAGCGAUUCAGUGGCAUCGCGGAUUGCCACUAUCCUGCAGGAAAACGGUCUGAGCGUGACCCGAAUGGCCUCUUACAUGAUUGAUAAUGCCUCCGUGGACUUUGGGAAACACUGGGCAGUGUUCCAGGACCUCAAGCAGCUUAAUGGUGGACUGAUACAAGUGGGGUGUAUGGGCCACGUAAUCCACAAUUGCCUCAAAAAGGCGAUGAGGGCGCUGAGUUUUGACGUAGAAACAUUCAUCUUCAAGCUGUACAGUGAGUUUUCGUCCUCCACCAAAAAGAUAGACUCUCUUAUGUCCUUUUACGAGUUUGUGGAAACGGAAUACAAAGAUGUGCUUCAACAUGUAACAACAAGAUGGCUGUCCCUCCUACCCGCUGUCGACCGUAUCCUCGAAAGCUGGUCAGUGUUGAGGGCGUACUUCUCGUCACUGGGGGAGGACGAGUGUCUCAAGAUCCUGUGGGAGGCGUUCAGAGUGGAGGAGCACGCGUCUCUCCCGCUUUGUUACGUUCACUUCGUGCACAACCUGAUGAGAAUUUUUUCCGAGUCUGUGAAAAAACUGGAAUGCGACCACAUCACUUGCACGGAGCUACACAGCGUCUUGGAAAACCUCCACGCCAAACUCAAGAGGAGGAAAGAGGACAAGUUCUACGGGAAGUCAUCCCAAAUCAUUUUGAGCAACAUCUCCGCGUUUGAGAACCGAAAAUUCACCGAGGAAGCGGAGAAGACGUUGUCCCGGUGCAUCGCGUACCUGGAGCAGUGGUAUUAUUUUGAAACGUCGAUUUUCGAGCAGAUGGCGGUGCUCUCGUUGAACAAUGAGGUGAAAUGGUUCGAUCUGGUGACCCUGGUGACAGCCCUCUGCAUUGAUAUUGACAUCGACCAACUGUACAACGAGUACUGCGUCUUGCAGAAACUCCGAGAAGAGAUUGUCUCCAAGGAGCAGAAAGUAGAUCAGCGGUGGGUGAAGGUUUUCCGGCAAAUCCCGGAGCGUGCGGACAGCCAGCUGUUGAAGCUGGUCUCCUUUGUGCUUUCCAUUCCUGUCUCCAACACCUUCUGCGAGAAGAUCUACAAUCUCAUGGCACAGCUGUGGAGCAAGGACAAAAACAGACUGAGCAACAGUGUCGUGAAAGCAGAGCUGCAGGUGCAGCUGAACUUCAACAUUUCCUGCGCAGACUUCCACGAGUUCCUGUACAAGAACCCGGAGUUACUCAGAGCGGCAAGGGGUGAGCAGGAAUACAAGUGUAAAAAGGAGGAGCCAGAAGAUGAGGACAUUCCACAGGCGCCCUAACUUUAAGGUGUUCAUCCUGCCUUUUCCAGAGGAAAUUCAACGUACGUACGAACCAGCACAUCGUGGUUGCAAAUAAUAACCCUCAAGAAAAGUUGCUGGAGGACCAAAAACUCUGAGAGAGGGGGAAAGAAUCUUGGGUCCCUUGUGAACUGUGGAUACCGUCUUCAAAAUAAUCAGUUAAGUUGGUGGCCAGUGGGACAUGAGAAAGCUUACACAUAUAGUUACAGCAUCAAGAAUACAGCAUCCUUCACCAUUGGCUGAGCUGCCGUGAUCUCAUAGAAUGCUGAAAAUGUUUUCAUUGUUCGGGGGGGGGGGGCAAGUAGUUUGAGGGCACAGAUGAAAUUGGAUGUGAUUCCUGUAACUGUUACAAGCUUAAUUUGUUUCCUCCAGAAGUGGGUCACGGUCUGAAGCAAAAUUAGACAGGAAUAGUUUUUAAUAACCUAAACCUACACUCUUUGCAGUCUCUCAUAAUCUACUCCAAUCAUUUCGGGGACUGACCACUUGUCAGCUGGCCCAUCAAAGCAUCGCCAGUCCUAAUAGAAGUCAACUGGCCAUGUUUAGAUGGGGCAACUGACCAGUGUGCCUGUCCUAAUAGGUGACUGUGAUCCAUGAAGCCAGUACUGCCAGAGGGGAGGUGCCAGCUGACCAUUUUCUGUUUCAUUCUUCCAUAGCAGAGGAAGGAGGAGGGCGACCCGGCAGCACAGCAAGAGCUCCUCCUAUUGGCCACCUGCUAUAACUGCAGGGGUCUCACAGCGGGGAAAAUCGGCCUUUAAGAAUUUACUUUUCUUUUUAUUUUGUCUUUUUUGGAAGUUGCUGUUACUUAGCUUUAUUUCUUAAAAAAAAAAAGUUUUAAUUGAAACUGCAGGCUGACCCUGGUUUUCCCCUAUAAAAGCCAAAGGGAUUGAGAGUUCACAUCUGUAGAACCUUACCUAAUAUUGUUAAAAAGUUAAGAGUAAUUCAUUAUAGGAUUGUUUUUUUAAAUGUUU